AUGGAAGUAGAAUCAGCAACUACCACAUUGACAAUGGAUUCCGCAAACAUAUCACAAGAUGAUGAUUUAUUACUUUCCCUAAAACCUUCUAUGGAUCUACCACCACCCCCGGUCAAUCGUCUUAAAGGUGGUUCGGAACUCGAACGUCGUGAAUCAACCGACUCCAACUUCUCCCUUCGUCCAAGUUACAAGCAAAAAUUCAAAGCUCCCGUAGCAAAGCAGAUCAUUCAAAAUAUUUUACAUCAAAGAUUAAACGACGCUUUGUAUGAUAAAGAUCAAGCCCCAGGUUGGGCUCGUGAAAUUUCUCAGGAAAUAAAACAAAAAUUAUUAGAAUUGGAUUUGAAUCAAUACAAGUAUAUUGUCAACGUUACUAUCAUGGAGAACAGAUCAGCUGGGACAAGGAUUCAAUGCUCAUGCGCAUGGGAUAGAGACACUGACAGUGUCGCACAUGAAACCUUUAAGAAUGACACAAUCGUAUGUACUAUCAUGGCAUUUGGCGUUUACUUCUAUUGA